AUGUCACUGCCUGAACUGAGACAGAGGUUCGACUACUUGUCCCAGUACGCGACGAGUCUGGUCUCCACUCCGGAGGAUCGUUUGAAUGAGUUCGUCAAGAAGCUACGGCCGGACUUGAGGCCGUACGCCGCACUGAUCACGACGACAGAUUUUAAUGCGGCGUACGAUUUGAUUGUGAAGAUGGAAAAGAGCUUGGACGAUUUGCAGGCAACCAAGAAGGAGGAUCGAGCGACGAAAGACCCGCGACCCGCGGCAAGCACCGGGCCGAGCGGGAAGAGUUUUGGAUUCGGGGGAAAGAGGUACGAGAAGGGUUCUUCGAGUGCGCCGCCGCCUAAGAGGAGUAAGUCGAGGCCGUCUCCGUCGGCCGCCGCUAGCAACUCGAACAGAACGAGGAGCCACCCGCAAUGUGUACAUUGUGAUGAAGAUGGACCUCCGGUCAUCCCACCAGCAGAGCCACCUAAGAAGAAGGGGAAAAAACAAAGGGCAAGAAGGAAACAACCAGAAGAAGUUGAGGGAGGAAAUGACAGGGAAAAUGUGCAGGCUGGAUUACAAUCUCAAGCGCCUACAUCUGGAGCAGGUGACACUGUGAAGUUAAGCAGGAAGGGAACUGUCAAAAUGAAGUGCACUGUAUGUGGGCAAAUUGGGCAUAACAAAAGGUCACAUGCGCAGAAAGAUACAAUAGCUUCAACACAGCAG